AUGUCUCAACAGCACAAAGCUUUAUUAGAAGAACACGAAAGUAGACUUCAGUUUGCCCUUCAAGCCUACAAUACUAAGCAGUUUCGGAGCUAUCGAGCAGCUGCUGCCGCCUUCAAUAUUAAGUACUAUACCCUUACUGAGCAUGUCAAAGGAAAGCUAUUUUGA